CCGCGCGCGCGCUCCCGCCCGCAGCUGCCGCUCGCUUGCUGGCUCCGCAGCGUUGUGAGGUGUGUGGGGCGUCGAGCCCCCGGGCCCGGCGAGUCGCGGCGGAAUGCGGCGGCGGCCGUGGUGGGGCCGCGGGCCGGGCGGGCAGGCGCGGUGAUGAGCGUCAGUGGCCGCCGCCAUGUCCAAGGUAACGGCGCCCGGGCCCGGGCCGCCCGUGGCGGCGGCGGGCGGGAAGGAGAAGCGCUCCUUCAGCAAGCGGCUGUUCCGGAGCGGCCGCGCGGGUGGCGGCGGCGCGGGGGGCCCCGGGCCAGCAGCCCCUUCCUCGCCGUCCUCGGUGCGCUCGGUGGGCAGCUUCAUGAGCCGCGUCCUCAAGACGCUGUCCACGCUCUCGCACCUUAGCUCAGAGGGUGCCGCCCCUGACCGCGGCGCCCUCCGCAGCUGCUUCCCGCCCGGGCCGGCCGCCGCGCCCACGCCGCCGCCGUGCCCGCCGCCGCCCGCCUCGCCCGCGCCACCCGCCUGCGCCGCCGAGCCGGUGCCCGGCGUGGCGGGGCUCCGCAACCACGGCAACACGUGCUUCAUGAACGCCACGCUGCAGUGCCUCAGCAACACCGAGCUCUUCGCCGAGUACCUGGCGCUGGGCCAGUACCGGGCGGGGCGGCCCGAGCCCUCGCCCGACCCCGAGCAGUCCGCAGGCCGAGGCACGCAGGGCCAGGGCGAGGUCACCGAGCAGCUGGCGCAACUGGUGCGGGCCCUCUGGACCUUGGAGUACACUCCGCAGCACAGCCGCGACUUCAAGAGUAUUGUGUCAAAGAACGCACUGCAGUAUCGGGGAAAUUCCCAGCAUGAUGCCCAGGAAUUUCUGCUGUGGCUUUUGGACCGAGUUCAUGAAGAUCUUAAUCAUGCUGUAAAGCAGAGUGGCCAGCCUCCUCUGAAGCCUCCAUCAGAGACUGAUAUGAUGCCGGAGGGACCAUCUUUUCCUGUGGGUAGCACUUUUGUACAAGAACUUUUUCAAGCCCAGUACCGAUCUUCUUUGACAUGUCCUCACUGUCAGAAACAGAGCAACACUUUUGACCCUUUCCUCUGCAUUUCUUUGCCUAUUCCUCUACCCCACACAAGGCCUCUCUAUGUCACUGUAGUGUAUCAAGGGAAAUGUUCUCACUGCAUGAGGAUUGGUGUGGCUGUGCCUCUGUCUGGAACUGUCGCCAGACUUCGGGAAGCAGUGUCUAUGGAAACAAAGAUCCCCACUGAUCAGAUUGUGUUAACAGAAAUGUACUAUGAUGGAUUCCAUCGUUCAUUUUGUGAUACAGAUGACCUGGAAACAGUCCAUGAAAGUGACUGCAUUUUUGCCUUUGAGACUCCAGAAAUAUUUAGGCCUGAAGGAAUUCUCAGUCAAAGAGGAAUUCACUUAAACAACAAUCUAAACCACUUGAAAUUUGGCUUGGAUCACCAUAGAUUGUCUUCUGCUGCACAAACAACAGCAAAGCAAGGGAAAGUGGAUCAGCCUGCCACCAGAGCCGCAAGUGACAAGAUUGUUCUGUUGGUGUGUAACAGAGCCUGCACUGGGCAGCAGGGGAAGAGAUUUGGACUGCCUUUUGUCUUGCACUUGGAGAAGACAGUAGCAUGGGACGUUUUACAGAAGGAAAUCUUGGAAAAGAUGAAGUAUUUCUUGAGGCCUACUGUUUGCAUUCAGGUGUGUCCCUUCAGUUUGCGUGUGGUCAGUGUUGUGGGAAUAACGUACUUGCUGCCACAGGAGGAGCAGCCCUUAUGCCACCCAACAGUAGAAAGAGCAUUAAAAUCUUGUGGGCCAGGUGGUACUGCUCAUGUGAAAUUAGUAGUAGAAUGGGACAAGGAGACAAAAGAUUUCUUGUUUAUAAAUACUGAAGAUGAGUACAUCCCUGACUCAGAAAGUGUCCGUCUACAGAAGGAGCGUCAUCAUCAGCCUCAGACCUGCACUUUAUCUCAGUGUUUCCAACUGUACACCAAAGAGGAACGACUUGCCCCAGAUGAUGCCUGGCGUUGCCCACACUGUAAGCAGCUACAGCAGGGGAGCAUUACAUUAAGCCUGUGGACUCUGCCUGAUGUGCUUAUUAUACACCUCAAGAGAUUUCGCCAGGAAGGAGACAAGCGUAUGAAACUUCAGAACAUGGUCAAAUUCCCCUUGAAUGGCCUGGACAUGACUCCUCAUGUGGUUAAGAGAAGCCAGAGCAGCUGGAGUUUGCCAUCCCAUUGGUCCCCGUGGAGACGGCCUUACGGACUCGGGAGAGACCCUGAGGACUACAUCUAUGACCUGUAUGCUGUGUGCAAUCAUCAUGGCACCAUGCAAGGGGGGCACUACACAGCUUACUGUAAGAACUCUGUGGAUGGUCUCUGGUAUUGCUUUGAUGACAGCGAUGUGCAGCAGCUGUCAGAGGAUGAAGUGUGCACACAGACAGCCUACAUCCUUUUCUACCAGAGGCGGACGGCCAUCCCAUCAUGGUCAGCCAACAGCUCGGUGGCAGGCUCCACGAGUUCUUCCCUGUGCGAGCAUUGGGUGAGCCGGCUCCCAGGGAGCAAGCAAGCUAGUGUGACCUCUGCAGCUUCUUCCAGACGUACCUCCUUGGCCUCACUCUCAGAGUCUGUGGAGAUGACUGGAGAAAGAAGUGAAGAUGAUGGAGGCUUUUCAACUCGACCAUUUGUGAGAAGUGUCCAGCGUCAGAGCUUGUCAUCCCGAUCUUCUGUCACCAGCCCUUUGGCCGUCAAUGAAAAUUGCAUGAGACCUUCUUGGUCCCUGUCUGCUAAGCUGCAAUUGCGUUCCAAUUCUCCUUCCCGAUUCUCAGGGGACUCUCCAAUUCACAGCUCUGCCUCUACCUUGGAGAAGAUCGGGGAGGCAGUGGAUGAUAAGGUCUCUAUCUCUUGCUUUGGUAGUUUGAGAAAUCUUUCUAGCAGUUACCAGGAAUCAAGUGAUGGUCACAGUCGACGUGAGCACAACAAGGCUGUAGGCCGGGCCCCGUUGGCUGUCAUGGAAGGUAUGUUCAGAGAUGAAUCAGACAACCGCAAAUUGAACUCCAGUGUUGCAGAUACACAGAGCAAAAACUUAGCACAAGGGGAUCACUUACCUCCAGUCUCUGAUCCAUUUGAUAACAAUAAUCAAAUUGCUUAUGUGGAUCAGAGUGAUUCUGUAGAUAGCUCUCCAGUCAAAGAGGUUAAGCCCCCGAGCCAUGCAGGCUCACUUACAAAGAAACCAGAGAGCACAACCAAGAGAUCUCCCAGUUCCAAAGGCACUUCUGAGCCAGAUAAAAGCUUGCGGAAGGGGAGGCCAGCCUUGGCAAGCCAGGACUCAUCUCUUUCAAGUACAUCCCCUUCUUCUCCUGUUCCAAUAAAAGUCUCUCUAAAGCAUUCCCGCUCUCGAAGCAAAGCAGAUUCAUCUUCCAGGGCCAGUGGAAGGCAUUCGUCUCCGGCCCCUGGCCAACCCAGAAAGGAGGCAUCCCCUAAGUCCCAGGACUCUAUAUCAUCUCCUUCACCACAGAAGCAGAAGUCAGCUGCUACCCUCACUUACACUGUUUCCUCUUCAUCUGCCAAAAAAGCCUCCAGCCCUUCCACCAGGGGCCCCUUCCCUCCUGGGAAGAGCAGGACUUCAGAUCGGACCUUGAGUAGAGAGGGUUCCAGACAAAGCCUGGGUUCUGAUAGAGCCAGCGUCACCUCCACCUCUAAACCCAGCUCUCCUCGGGUGAGCCAGGCCAGAGUGGGGGAGGGCAGAGGCGACAGCAGGCAUGUCCGGAGCUCUUCCAUGGCCAGCCUACGCUCCCCCAGCACGAGUGUGCGGUCUGGUCUGAAGAGAGAUAGCAAGUCUGAGGACAAGGGGCUGUCUUUCUUCAAGUCUGCUUUGAGACAGAAAGAAACUCGGCGGUCAACUGAUCUUGGCAAGACAACUUUGCUCUCUAAAAAGGCUGGUGGAAGCUCUGUCAAGUUGGUUGGUAAGAAUGUCGUGGAUGACAAAGCUGAGAAAGGCUACCAGCCUCAAAGCUCCCAGCAGCCAAAUGCAAAUGCAGCUGGAAAGGAGCCUGUCUCCAAGGACCCUGCUUCUGCCAAACAUUCCCUGCUGUCUGCUCGCAAAUCCAAGUCUUCCCAGUUAGAUUCUGCAAUUCCUGUGUCUCCCAGUGGCAGGCAGUCUGCUGAGAAAGCCUCUAAAAAGUUACCUGCUAGCAUGCAAACCUCUGCACGGCCUUCUCAGAAACCUCAGUGAUAUUCCUGCAAUCCAAGUGUUUUAUAUGUAAAGAUGUUUAUUUAUUUAGAAGCUCCCCCUCCCACCAAAGCCCUUUAUUCUUUUGUUUUAUAUUUUUUGCGUGUGUGUAUGUGUGUGUGUGCGCGUGUGGGCGUGUGAGAACAAUUCAAUUGCAAAUUGUGAAAAGUGUCGCCUUAUUCUGUCAUUGUACCAAAUAACAGCCAUAGGCAAAGCAUCAAUACCAAGCUAACUGGAAUAAUUGUAGAUGAUACCCUGGACAGUCCCUUUAGCAAAUGUACAUAUUUCUUUCUCGAGAACUCUAAUGAUUUUCAUUGGACCCUAGGGUUUUGAAGCCUGUGAACCAGUUAAGCUAUCAUUAUUUUCAUUUGAGCAGGAUCUGUCUUCACUGGAAUUUUCAUGUGGCACCAGGAGCUCAAAAACUGUGAAACUAACAAUGAAACAGAGGGAAAAACUUGCUUUCUGCACUUUUGCCCCAUCUAUCAGUCUUUGUAAAGGGCAAUAUUUUAACACUAAUGUUUCUCAGGUAUAUAUACUCAGCUGGUCUAGGCUGGAUCAGUACAUCAGUAAAUGGAUUAAAGAGGAAGGUGACAUAUGGGUGACUGUGUCAUUUCUUUUACUGCCACAGAUAGAAGGUUUCAGGGGUAGUUAUGAAAUCUUUCGCUACCUUCAUAUCUGCAGAGAUGUGCUUAACCUAACCUGUCUUGACACUUGGAAUAUGUCCUCAGCUGGCAAUUGGAUAACCAGAAAGCCAAUCACUAGUUAAAUUAUUUUUCUUCUAUAUUUGCUUGCUAAGGCUAUUGGGAUUUUGAGCUAUAGCAGAGCAGUUAAUACCUUUGAAAGAUACCUGGAAAGGAAUGUGCUGUAAACUGGAGACAUGAACUGAUACCACUUUCGUUCUUUGGUGUUACACUUUUCUUGUUAGAAGUUGAAGGCUCCAUGCUAUACCUUGUCUGCAUGCUUGUUUCCUCAUCUUGUAAUUGGAGAGAAACUGCCUCCUGCCAAGAGUCAGUGAUAGUACGUUGAAGCAAUGUAUGACUUCAGAUUCUGUUUAUCAGUCUUUGUUAAGAUUGCCUUUCAUUUAUGUCUUCUUUGUGUUGAGGAUUUCAUUUCAUACCAAGAACUUGCAAGGAGGUUUUGGAGAAUAUUCCAUCUGGCAUUGUCAGUACAAAUUGCAUUUCUUUUAUGGAAAAAAGGAAACCUCACAGAAAUAUCAGAUAAGCAAAAUCUGUACUUUCUCAAACUUUGUGAAAGUCGCCUGGCAGUAUUUUCCUACUUAAGUUUUAGCUUUUUUUUCUGUAGUUUUUAAUAUUAAAAAAGAGUCAAAAUCAUGAUACUCCUUGAAUACUUUUUGUUACUUUGCCAUAAAAUACAGCAUGUUAAGUUAGUUUAUGUGCUUUACUCUUUUUGGUCAUAAACUGUUGAAAUUCUUUCUGAAUUCUUGGUGCACAGAUCCAUUUAUCAUCACCCUUCUUAUAACUGCUGUGUAUGAAUAAUCGCAACACGUAAGCAUGCUGUGAAUUCUGCACUGUAUCCCUCCUUCCUUCUUUUUUCUUUUCUUUCUUUCCCAUGAAUAUCUUUUGGGAAAUAUUACCAGUAGGUUACCUAACUUUGUGUUGCCGCUGAUUUACGCAUGAGCUGGUAACUUGCAAGUCUGGAGGUCACUUACAUUGAGAGUGACUGGAAUUUUAGACCCUCACAAUAUUUAAGACUGGCAUAACUCACUCUUGUAAAAGUUACUAUGUUGCUCCAUACAGUUCACUGAACAUAAGCUCAUUGCCCGUUGCACUUAUUGCUACCCUUGCAACUUCACUAGGUUUGCCCAUAUAGAUUUUGGUGGCUUUCCAGAGCAGCAACACUCUCUGCUGGUCUGUAAUUGCAGGUGACUGGCUGCCUUCCACACUACAUUGCUUCCCAUGGCAUACUGACAACACCGCUCUAACUUUCCUAUAUUUUAUUUCCUGAGAAAGAUGUAGCAAAUGAGGGACCGUCACUAUCAGGAAUUGAAUGUUUAUCUAAUUUGAAUCUCUCAUCUUUGUUUAGCAGAUAGAUGCUAUUUGAAAUUUCUUAUCUGAGGCUCUGAAGCCAUCUUAAAAUUAUAGUUUGACAAUAGUUGGAGGGUUUUAAUAACACAUUUUUCCCCUUGAUCAGUUAAGUAUUAGUAGAAACUAGUUUUAUUUUCACGGUGGUAUUUUUAUUCUGAAGACCUGUACGGAUGGAGUUUCCACUAUGUAUAAUGUCUUCUAUAAAACUGUACAAAUCUCUUUAAUUUUCCAUGAGAUUUAGAAAUACAACUAUAAUAAGCCUGUAAAUAUAUGUCUAUGGAGUUUAGUCCUUGUUUCAGGUUUAAUUAAAUUUAAAAAAUCAGUAUUAUGACAUUGUCUAGUAAUCAUUAAGCUGUUAUAUUUCCAUAGUUGGCAAAGAAUGAAAAUUUCACUAUUCCUAACAGCUAGGUACAACUUGAAGCAGCUGAAAAAGAUAUUUUGUCCAAAAGUUUAAAGGUGUUCUUGAAGAAUGAAGUAUCUUAGGAACAUUGUUACUUGGCUCAGUUCAGUUCUUCGUUAGGGUUAGAAACUUGUUUUUUGUCACCCUACCCCUGUGAUACUUGGCACAAUGAAUGCAUAUGAUCUGCUGAGGUUGGUAAGCCUGAGUUUCUAGUCAGCAGCCAGAUAGGCCUAAUCAGUACAGUCACUUCCUGAUGGGCACCAAAUAAUCGCCACAGUUCUUGGUAAGCACUACACGUAAUUACAAAGUUGGAUUUACAGUGUUUGUUUGAGUUAUAUAUAUGUAACUUUUUAUUCUUGAUUUCUUUUUCUAUAAAAAUCCAGGGCACUGAAGCUGUAUCACCUCUUUAGACAGUCCUACACCUUUGUAAUCCCUUAGUGUGGAAGCACAGAGAAGCCAAGUGAGCUCCUCUUGUUUCACACUGCUUCCUUCCCUUUUUGUAUGUUCUCACCCUGACAGCAGCCUAACUGAAAAUAAUGUGCUGGAUCAAUAAAAGCGAAUGUGAGAGUAUUUGUAUAUACUAAAAUAUUGUCAUUAUCUAUGAGGCUACCUUAAACUCUUGAAAUCAUUCUUUCAUCAUUCAUUUAUUCUGUAAACAUUCAUUGAAGGCCUGCAUUGCAUUUAAAGGCAAGCUGAAAGCCUCAGGGAUUUGCUGUAGCUGAGGAGUCCUGAGGACACAGCUGAUAAAUCAGAGGAUGCUGAUAAUCUCUAAAGGAGUGAUACUCCUUUUCAACCAAAAGAUCUUAUGGAUUCUGGUCGAUUGGCUAAGGCUUGUGAUCCUCUUCAGUACAUACAUUCUGUCUGGAAACCAAAAGUGCCCUUCAUCUCUGGAGAUACUGCACUGGAGACAUUGCACUCAUAUCUACUGAGCUGUCUCUGCUCUGUAGCGAUUGAAAAAUCCAUUUCACAACACUUGUACAUUAGAGUAUAUCCAUCCAUGAUGAGAUGCAAUAGAUGUGUGGAAUUUUUUUAUGUGUUAGAGGGAUAUCUUCCCUCUAAAGUAACUAUCAUUUGAAAAGACAGGAACAGUAGUGGCAGCUUCCGGGAAAAUGAAGCCGAGAAAAGCUGUGAACAAAGCUCAUUUAUUUCAAACAAAUAUUUUUUAAAGUAGAUGGACAUCUGAUAUAUUUCAUUGACGAAUUACUGAACAUUCUGACAAGUUAAUAUUUUCUCUAUAGAUGAUUGUUAUCAGGUAAUAAAGAUACCUAGUGUUCCUGGAUUGGAUUUGUGAGAUAAUCUGCAAAUUAUAAGCACAGAUUCAAUAAAAUAUGUCCUGGAGGCACACUGGAGUUUUGUAUUUGAGAGGGACAAAAUUUGCUGACAAACCAGUGCCUGUCAUAAACACAAAACAUAGCUUUAGUGUGCAAGCUAUUUUGCCUUUAAUUUCAUAAAGGGUACAUUAUUAAUCUGACUACAUGUUUGGGGGUGGGUCAUCCAGUGCUUUUAUUUAAAUAAAUAAUAUCUCAUACUGUCUUUGAUCAAUUCCCAAAGUGUUUGUUUUUGCAGCUGCAUUUUGAGCAUGACAAAUUUUAACCCAUGUAAUAAAAACAAUUUUGCAUGCCCUUCAUCUAACCUAGAAAGCAUGCUCUUACUACCUAUGCAAACAACCAAUAAAAAAAGGCUAUACUAAAAAGUUUUAAGAAUGCAAAUCUUAAAUUAUGGAACUUUAUUUUUGACUUUGUAAUUUUUGAAAUGUGGCCUAAUCAGUAUAGAUGAGCAUGAAUGUGACUUCUUGGUUUGCUUUACAUGUUUUUCUCUUUACUGAUUUUUUUUAUCAUUGACGAGAUUGUGUGUAAAAUAAAUAUUUUGCAGGCAGGAGUGAAAUUAGGUAUGUUGAGCAUACAUUGAUGUACAUAGUGUAUUUAGCCUGAAGACUUUCCUGAAGUAUUUUGUUCUAAAAAUAACCUGCCAUUUUCUAUAGAUUUUAAUUUUUUAUAUCUUAUAGAAUUCGUCGUCACAAGGAAAAAAAUGUGGCUUCAAAUAGUGCUAACAAUUUUAAAAUGCUUUUGUGUAGAGACUGAGGGCUGUUUUGGAAGGCUUGGAGCUUCCCUCCCACUGAUUACAGUAAGAACAAGGCCCUGAAACUUACAUGGUGUUGUACAGUAGAUUUGGGUCUAGAUUUAUCUGAUGCUCAUUUAAAACCAGUGUUUUCCAUUUGGGGAGAGAAGGAGGUUCAUAGCUGAUGUGAGAAGCGUUUUUGAUUCUCACAUAUACCCUCUCUGAGAUUCUCUUAGGCCCGUUUUGAGUGACUCAUCUGUGGUGAUGCCCAGCAUUCAUGAAGAUGAUCUAGGGAAUUUUGCAUGUCUGGGUCUCCCUCCCAAGAUUUUGAGCUAAUUAGUGUAGAGGUAGGUCCAAGAAUUACCAUAUAUCUCGAGGUUUUUGUGUGUUUCUAAUUUGCAGGCAGGAGUAGGAACCACUGUGGAUCACUGUCCCUUUGCCAAGAAUUAUGGUGAGAAUCACUGCCAUAGGAAGUAUUCUGGAGUGACUCCAAUUGCUCAGUUCUUGUGGAGAGGAAAAUAGAGAACUACUUGUAUCAGUAUCUGGUUUGGAGAGUGUGGAGCGUUUGUGGUUGGCUGAUGCCUGCCAGUGUAAUGGGAAUAGGUGAUUUUAGUUGCUAGCGUAGGCAGAGUAAUGGAUGGGUCUGUGUGCUUUCCCUGAGCCUGUCUCCUAGAUUCUGUGGUGGGACUUGUGGGGGAGAGGGAAAUAUCAUAAGCUAGAAAAUGUGGGAAAAGAAAAUAAAAAACAAACUUUCAGGCCUUGCAAAACCUUCCCUGCUUUUGAUAGAACGAUUGCCUUUUUGUAGUAAUGAAAAUAGCAACUUCUAGGCUGCUGCUGAUUUCCUACUUAGCUCAUUCUCUCUGGUAGUUUUUACUAGUCCAGAAUAUAGUUUCUGGAAUUCUUUUAAGUUUGAAAAUGAGGAUGAAACAUUUUACUUGGAAUCUUUUUUUUUGUUUUGGUAACUUACUGCUAUUUUUUCAUGUAAUUUUUAAAAAAAAAAACAAGUAAACAUCCAAAAAUUUAUGUUAUCCUAUGGAGGCAAAUGAAAUUUAAUUUUAAUCUGUGGUGAGCUGAAUGCACUGCAACAUCUGCAAAAUAAUCUACUGUGCGCAGGUGGUUUCAUCCUUUCUGAGCGUUAUGCUGCCUACAAAAUAAACAGUUUUUCUGAUAUUUUCAACAUUUUAUGGAAUAAAGAUAGAAGGCAAAAUCUGUGUUGGAAAUGCUUCUUUAGAAAGGCCUUCUAGUAUGGAAGAGAUGUUUUAUAGUCAUGAAAAUGCAAUAUGAAAUAUCCUAGGUGCUAUUUUAAAUGGUGUGAUGUCAUUAUACCCAAUAGAGAGGCAGAUAGUGUUUCUAAAAUUGAGAUUCUCUUUGUAGGCCUUUCAGAUACGCAUUUGUGUUUCAUAUAGGUUUGCUCACCAAACGUGCCUCUCACCAUUGGUUAAAAUUGAAUUUAGGUACCGUUACUAACGUAUCUCUUGAUUGAACUCUCAUAUUUACACUGGAAUUUCUCUAGUUGUCCUAAAAGCUGCAUGUCAUGUCACUGUAUACAAAAUGCUUUGGUAUUGUUCAUGCACCGUGAAAAAUUUUGUGUAAUUUUCUUCUUUAGUUGUACAAUAAGAUGGAAGGCAGGAUGUCUUUUCUAGUGGCUGGAAAAAAGUAUCUUACAUUUUAAAUUAUUUUAGACCAAGUGCAUGAGAUAUGUCACUGACUUUUGUUAUUUAUUCAUGUUUUAUUAUUCAAGGUGUAUGCACUUUUAAGAAACAGAAUUUAUAUUUUUAUGUUUAAAACAUUUUAUUUCUGAAACAGCAGUUAUUAUAUAGUAUACAGUUGGAAUUAAGAGAAAAGUCGAAAAUGUAACUAAAUAUAAUAAAUUUAUUACAUGAUGCCCUCUUCAAGUCAUAUUCCUCUUUUCUCCCUCUUGCCAGCCUGUAUCUUUUUGUUGACUGUUAGCAUUUGUACUGUGUUGACCUAUACAAAAUGCUUUUAAAUUGCGAUGUUAAGUGUAAAAGUUUUUUAAAAAUCCUAUCUGUGUUUAUAUAAUUUUCACAAUUAGUGACUAUAUGGUAAAUCAGAGGUAAUUUGACCUGGGUUGUGGAGCCAGAUAAGAAUUCAUUCUAAUUCAAUUCCAGUAGACUUUUAGCAGUCUGUAUUGUUUUUCCUAUCUCACCAAACUUCUGGAGUAGGGGAAAAUACCAAUAGAAAAGGGACCAUUUUUUUUUCCUGUUUUGCCCUGAUAUGUAGUAUCUUGGUAUUUAGUCAUCCUAUUCUUUUUUUUUAAGAGAAAAAAACCCACAACAAUGAGAAUUUCAAAACAAGAUUAAAGGAAAUUUGGUUAAAAUAUAGUGUAUUAUUAUCUUCAAAGUAGUUGCUCAGAUUACAAGAUACAUGAUUGAUCAAAUAAUGUAAGAACAAACCGUAUUUGAUACAUGAUUGAUCAAAUAAUGUAAGAACAAACCAUUUUUUCAAUGAACUAAAAGAAACUUAACUGCCUUUUAUGUAUACAUAUAUUUUUUUCUUUUUCUUUUUCUUUCCUUUUCCUUCUUUUUAACCAUCCUAUUCUGAGAGCACUUAAGUGAUCUUUCCCUUCCUUCAGAAUUGCCUGUUGGAGAUGUCACAUCACAUAUGACCACUUGGGGGCAGUAGAAAUCGUUAUUAUUAAAUAUUUUUCCAGAGUCUGGCCUACUGGUUCUUAGACUUAUCUCUGAAUGUGAGAAUGCUGAGUUGAGCAGAAAUGUAGCAUAAGUUUCUCAGGUGGGUACCCCCGGCCAUCAUAUGUUCCCAAAGCUGGAAUCCAGAUCACAGAGAAAAUCUUGUUUUCCUGAAGCACAGCAUUGUGUGUUAGGGAUGGGUGAAAGAAGUGUGGUGUUCCUGACCAAAAACCAAUGUGAGUCACGUGCUGUAAAAACCCAAGGCACGGCACUUUAACUUCUCUAGUUUUAAAUGGUGAAAUUGAGUUCUAUGAACUAUUAGAGAAUUCAACUGUGUAGCAUGCUGAUUAUCUAAGAGGUUUCAUACACCUGAAAAUGUUCACAUCUCAUGAAAUAUGUAGAUUUAGAAGUUAUGCAAAUAUUGAAGGUUGUUUUGUCUCAUUCCUUAGAAUUUGGAGGGUUAUUUUCAAAUACUUGGUCAACAGCUCUGAGUCUCCCUGAGGAGAGCAAUGAUCCUUGCCCAGGACCACAUGUUCUAUGUGUUCGAGUGCCCCAUAAGACACUGGAGGCCACUGACUUGGCAGGAAGUGGUGGGUUGCCUGUCCCCAGGCCAGUGCUCCUGCUCUCCCCCAUGCAGGAACCCAAGCAGGUUCUCCCACGUGGAUGUUUUGGUUUUCCUUGGUGACUCUGUUCCUUUCUUAGGAUGUCCAUUCGUUUUCAUCUGGAAGUUUCUCCCUGGAUAGGUUGGGUCUACCUCAUGCUAAACCUUGGGAUUCAAUCCUGAUUUUGCUCUGGUGUUAGUGAUUGUGUUUCCUCCUCCCUGCUAACAUCUGCUACACAGAGGACAUGGCUUUUGCAUGUAUAACCCAGUAGCCUUUUGCUCUACUUCUUAGACCCUUUCAGAGGUACAGCAUGAGUUUGGCUUGCUCUUUGGAUUUUAACAGCUCCAUCUUUUUUGAGUAAGGUGAGAAGGUGAUUGUGAAAACUUAGUAGUCAAAAUCAGGCCUCCCUCCCUAUUACUAGUGGCAUCUUCUCUUUAUCCCCUGUGCCUUCUUUUUGUUUAGAAAGAAUCCAUAGAGGCCCAUAGUAUACAGAUCCAGUUUCAAGAACUCAGAAACAAGUUAUAAGAUAGGCCUGACUCCUAGGAGGGAAGAGUGGAUGACAUGGGCAUUGUGCACUGUGGACGGUGAGAGGCUGCGACAGCCUUAGGAUUCAAGUCCACGGAGGUCAUCUGGGAAAGGUACUAGUUUAUUGUCAUUCAAAAUUAAGUCCUGGUCCUUUGGCAGUGCCUCCUGUAUGUCCAACAGUGGGCAUAUGAUCAUACCUGACUGUCUGGUCAGGGGUCCAAGUGGUUUACAGAUGACAUUCAGUGAAUUUUGCCCUCUAGACCUAGAAUAGAAUGUUCCCUGAGACCUCAAUGGCUCAUCCCUCACUUCAUUAACCUCUUUACUCAGUCUUGCCUUCCUUGGUCCCCCCCCCCCCUUGGUCCUUUCUCAAAACACUGUAACCCACUUCACAGUCUCUUCCUUCUCCGUAGUUUUUACCUGUCACUUAUGACCAACUAGCAUGGUGCAUAUGAGUGCAGGCAGAUUGGUCUGUUACCCAGGCACGUGGUGCUUACUUAGUAUUUGCUGGCUUGACAAUAAAUUGAAUGGAGUAAUUUACUUGAUUGAGUAAACCUUUCUGUCUGCAGGUUGAGUAGAAGUACUUAUAUGUAGAAUUGAAGCUUGAAUGAGAAGGGUGCCUCUACAGCAUUCAGCACAGUGCUGGGCACAGAAAGGGCUGUAGUGGUGCCAUGUAUAAUUAUAACUUAGCACUGGGAAGAGGGGCUACUCUUGUGGGUCAGAAGAGGGAGUAGUAGAGCACAGCUUGCAGGCAGGGGUAACCACUGUACUUUUUGGAAAUCCCAAAAGUCCAGUCUUAGUAGAAUGUAGGACAGGAAGCAGUGGAUGAGGAGGGAGCAGGGAAAUCAUGAAAAUCCAGCAAGAGAUUUUAAUUUAAGGGAGAGAUCAGUUUGUGCUAUAGCAAGGUCAUCAGGACAACUGUGGUGCAGCAGAGCCCAGUUAGGACUUUGUUGCAGGAGUCUGGGCUGGGUGGUGGGGAUGGAGAGGAGGCAGUAAGUGCCUGGCAGGGUAUGUGCUCACCUAGUCCUAGAGGUAAGAUGCUGGGUUCCACUCCUGCUAUAGCAGCUUGCUGUGUGAGCAUCCAGCAUAGUUUACUCAGUUUCUCUGUGCCUCAGAUCCUUUGACUGUAAAAUGCAGGCAAUGGUAUCUGCAUGAUUAUUAACAGACUUUAUUGAGUUUGGCUUAUUUGUAUUUAAUAUACUUACUAAUGCAAUUAUAAUGCUAUCUCACUGUUCGUUGGUGUAUUUGCCCACCUGUAUCUUUCUUUUCCUUGUUUUUCAUUCACCCCAGUUUUUUUGGAAUGUAAACUUUUACUGCUGUUUGCUGUUUAUUCUUUUGCUCUUUUAAAGUCAUUAUCCUUGUGCUGUCAGCAUGCAUUUAUGAGUCCAAAAAAGCAGUAGUUUCUUUUUAUGCCUGUUAGGGAUGUGAUACACUGUAACACUGCUUAUCCGUAUUUACUAUUUGCUCUUUGCAUUAGAAUUAAGAAUUGUAAGUACAUUUAACUUUAUUAAUAUUCCAUAAUCAAUAUUCAGUUAAUUUACUAGUAUAUUUACUGUUGUUGUUUAUUCUCUUCUGCAUUUCUCUUUUUAAAAAUUUUAAAGAGGAAAAAAGCAAAACAAAAAAGGGUAGCAAUAAUACAGAAUUUUAAAAAAACUAAGAAAUCACUAGUUGAUAAGUUACAUACUGUCAUCUUAGAAAUAGUUACAAAAUUGUUGUUUAAGUUACAAAACUAAAGCAUACAAAGUGGACAUUCAGACUGGGAACAGUUCUGCUUAAUGAUCCAACAAAAACUUAGUAAUAUGGUCAUCUACCUUACACACUUAAACAUACAUGCUGUUAUAUCCUUUAGAGCACUUUUCCUCUCUUUUUUACAAUAUCAGUUACACAUUUUGGGUUUUAUUACUCCUACAGUUCUUACUACUUUUUAUCCUAGAGACAAUGUGGUAUUUCACUUAUGAGAAUAGUCUUAAGUUACCUCCAUUUCACUAUGAAGGCCUCAAGAUCAGCCUUUUUAUAGCUGAGUAAUAUUCCAUUGUAUAAAAAUACCACAUCUUUUUCAUCCACUCUGCAGUUGGUGGGCAUUUUGGUUGUUUCCAAGAUUUAGCUAUCACAAAUUGUGCUGCUAUGAACAUAGGUGCACAUAUAUCACUGUGACAUGACCCUUUCAGGUUUCCUGGGAAAAUACCCAGGAGGGGAAUAGCUGAGUUGAAUGGAACUUCCAAUCCUAGUCUUCUGAGAAAUCUGCAUAGUGAUUUCCAUUGUGGCUGCACCAGUCUACACUGCCACCAACAGUGGAGCAGAGUUCCUUUUUGCCUAUACACUCGCCAACAUUUGUUAUCAGUUGUUUUCUUGAGUGAGAUGAAAUCUCAGUGCUCUUUUAAUUUGCAUUUCUCAAAUGACCAGUGAUGGUGAACAUUUCUUCAUGUAUUUAUUUGCCAUUUGUAUAUCUUCAUCUGAGAACUGUGUGUUCAUCUCAGAUGCCCAUUUUUGCAGAGGGUCUUUGAAUUUGGGGGGGGCAUGAUUUUCAAUUAUUUAGAUGAUCUUGAUGUAAGUCUUUUGUCAGAGGGGUUGCUGGCUAUAAUUCUUUCCCAUUCUGUGGGUUUUCUUUUCACUCUUUUGGUGAUUUCUUUUGAAGUACAGAAACUUUUCAGUAGUAUGAGGUCCCAGUUGUUGAUUCUUUCAAGUGUUUCCUGUGCAGUUUACAUUUUGUUCAUGAAUUCUCUGCCUACCCCUAUGUCUCCCAAGAUUUCUGCCCUACCUUGUCUUCUAGUAGAUUUAGUGUUUUUAUCUUAAUAUUUAGAUCUUUGAUCCAUUUAGUUUUGUGCGUGGUGAUAUACAUGGGUCUAGUUUCAGUCUUUAGCAUGUGGAGAGCCAGUUUUUCCAACACCAUUUAUUAAAGAGGCUGUCCUUCCAGUGAACAUGUUGAGUCCCUUUGUCAAAUAUCAGGUGGCUGAGUGUCUUUGUACUUGUGCUUGUACCUUCUAAUCUGUUCCAUUGAUCCUCAGGUCUAUUUCUUUGUCAGGACCAUGCUGCUUUUAUCACAUGGCUUUGUAGUAUAGUUUCGGUCAGGAAUUGAGAUGCCUCCUGCCUUGCCUUUGUUGUCCAGAAUUGCCUUUGCUAUUCUACGUCUCUUCAGUUUCCAAAUGAAUUUUAGGAGUGUUUUCUCUAGAUAUGUGAGGUAUGUCAAUUGUAUUUUGAUUGGGAUUACGUUAAAUUUGUAUAACAGUUUUGGGAGUAUGGCCAUUUUCAUAAUAUUGGUUCUUCCUAGCCAAGAGCAAGGAAUAUCCUUCCAUUUUCUAAUAUCCCUCCUUUUUUAGCAUAGCUUAAUUUUCAGCAUAUAGGUCUUUUACAUGCUUGGUUAGGUUGAUUCUUAAGUAUUUCAUUUUUUUAGAUUCUAUUGUGAGGGGCAAUACUUCCCUCUCUCAGCGAGCUUUUUGUUAGUGUACAGGAAUGCUAUUGAUUUUUGAGCAUCGACUUUGUAUCCAGCUACACUGCUGAAUUUAUUUAUUAUCUCUUGUAGUCUUUUAAUGGAGUGUUUCGGGUCUUCUAUAUAGAGUAUCAUGUCAUCUACAAAUAGUGAUAGUUUAACUUCUUCUUUUCCUUUCUUGUCUGAUUGCCCUGGCUAGUAUUUCCAAAACUCUGUUGAAUAGGAGUGGUGAUAGUGGACAUCAUUGUCUUGUUCCUGAUUUUAGUGUGAAAGCUUUCAGUUUUUGUCCAUUUAGUAUAAUGUUGGCUGUUGGUUUGUCAUAGAUGGCCUUUAUGAGAUUGAGGUAGACACCAUAUAUUCAGAGUUUCUGAAGGGUUUUUAUCAUGAACAUGUGUUGGACUUUAUCGAAAGCUUUUUCUGCAUCUAUUGAGAUGACCAUAUAGUUUUUGUUUUUGGCUCUGUUGAUGUGGUAUGUUACAUUUAUUGAUUUGCGUAUGUUAAACCAUUCAUUCCUGGAAUGAAUCCCACUUGGUCGUGAUGUAUUAUCUUGACGAUUUGCUGCAUUCUGUUUGCCAGUAAUUUAUUGAAAAUCUUUGCAUCAAUGUUUAUUAGUGAGAUUGGCCUAUAGUUCUCCUUUUUGGUUGGGUCUUUCUCUGGUUUUGGUAUUAGAGUAAUACUUGCCUCCAGGAAUGUUUUAGGGAGGAUUGCUUCCUUUUCAACUUCAUUGAAGAGUUUAAGGAGUAUUGGCGUCAAAUCUUCUCUAAAUUUCUUGUGGAAUUCAUCUGUGAAUCCAUCAGGACCUCGGCUUUUCUUUGUUGGUAAGUAUUUAAUUAUGUUUUCAAUAUCAAUAGCUGAUAAUGGGUUAUUCAAAAUUGCUACAUCUUCUUGGUUGAGCUUUGGCAGUUCAUAUGUUUCUAGCAAUCUGUCCAUUUCCUCUGUGUUUUCCAUUCUAUGUGAGCAGAGAUUUUCAAAGUAGGUAUUCAUGAUCUUUUGAAUUCUCAUGUGAUCUAUAGUAAUUUCCCCCCUUUCAGUCCUUAUUGCAUGAAUUUGGGUUUUUUCUUUCUUUUUCCUGAUUAGGUUAACUAGAAAUUUGUCAAUUUUGUUUAUUCUCUCAAAAAACCAGCUUUUCAAUUCAUUAGUUCUUUGUAUUUCUUUUUUUUUUUUUUUUUUUAGUUUCAAUUGCAUUGAUUUCUGCUCUAAUCUUUACAAUUUCCUUUCUUCUAUGAGCUUUGGGUUUAACUUGCUCUUCUUUUUCUAGAAGUUUGAGAUGAAGCAUUAGGUUGUUUAUUUGUGCUUGUUCUGUUUUCUUGAUAUGACAAUUUAUUGCUAUAUAUUUCCCUCUUAAGACUGCUUUCAUUGCAUCCCGUGGAUUGCAGUAUGUUGUUUCUGUAUUCUCACUGAAUUGUAGGUAUUGCUUUAUUCUUUACCUGUAGCCCACUGGUUGUUCAGAAGUUUGUUAUUUAAUUUCCAUGUAUUUAUGCAGGUUUUGCAGUUUCUUUUGCCAUUAAUUUCCAAUUUCAGUGCGCUAUGGUCAGAUAUUACACAUGGGGUAAUCUCAUUUCCUUUGCAUUUACUUAAGAAUGUUUUAUGGGAUAAUAUAUGGUCUGUUUUGGAGAAUGUCCCAUGCACAGCUGAGAAGAAUGUGUAUUUGAUGUGGUUGGGUGGAACACUGUAAACAUCUGCUAAGCAAUUGAUCACAGGUAUGAUUCAGUUCUGUUAUUUCUUUGCUGGGUUUUUGUCUAGUUGAUCUAUCUCUUUGUGACAAUGGGAUGUGAAGGUCCCCUGUCAUAAUUGUAUUCUUGUGUAUUUGGUUUUUCAUGUCCAUUAGUAUUUGUCUUAUAUAGGUGGGUGCUCCUGUAUUUGGUGCAUAUAUAUUUAUAAUUGUUCUUCCUCUUGAAUUUUUCCACUAACGAGUUUGUAGUGACCUUCUUUAUCUCUUUUAAUCAUUUUAGGUUUGAAGUUCACAUUGUCUGCAAAUAGAAUAAUUACCCCUGCUUUUUUCUGAGUUCCUGUUGCAUGGAAUACUGUUUUCCAUCCUUUGACUUUUAACUUAUGAGUUUCCUUUUGGGUCAGAUGUGUUUCUUAUAUACAGGGAUCAUGUUUCUUGAUUCUGUCAACCUAUUUCUUUUGAUAGGUGAAUUGAGGCCAUUUACAUUUAUGGAUAUAACUCAUAUGUACUGGCUUGAUUUUGCCAUGUUAUGUUCCAGUUGUUUGCUUUCUGCUUUUCCCCCUUGUUUAAUUGCUUGUCUUACCUGGUGGUUUCUUUCUGUUGUUGUUCUGGGGAUUGUGGUCAUUUUUAUUUCUAUCUAGUAUGUCUUUCAACACUUCUAGGGUUGGUUUGGUGGACAUGGAUUUCUUCAGUUGUUCUUUGUCAUGGAAGUAUCUUGUUUCUCCAUUAAAUUUGAAUGAAAGUUUUUCUGGGUACAUCAGUCUGGGAAAGUUGUUUUCUUUUAGGACUUACUCCAAGCUCGUCUUGACUUGAGGGUUUGUGCUGAAAAGUCUGCUGUGAUUCUAAUGAGCUUUCCUUAAUAGGUGAGUUGUGUCUUUUCUCUGACAGCUUUUAGUAUCCAGUUUUUCUGCUGGAUGUUUGGGAUCUUAAUUAUUAUAUGUCUGGAUGUACAUUUAUGUGUGGUUGUGAUUUUUUGGUGUUCUGUAUGCCUCCCUUAUCUGUAUAUCAGAUUUUUCCUCAUGUUUAGGAAAUUUUCUGCUUUUACUUACCUUGGUUAUGUCGUUUACAUUGACUUCUGCAUCUUCACUGAUGCCUAUUAAUCUUAUAUUAUUUCUCUUGGCAUCAUUUUGAAGCUUCUGAUUGUCAUUUCAUGCUGCUUUGUUAUUUUUAAAAGUUUUAUUUUUUCAUGAUUGCUAAUUGCAAUACUGUCCUCAAGGUCUGAAUCUUCAGCUUCAUUUAAAUGGUUUUGCCAGCUUUCAAUAAAAUUUUUGUUUCUUGGAUGUCUCUUUGAGUUUGUUUCAUGAAUUCUGUUUGUUUUCUAUAAUAUUUAUUCAGGAUUUCAAUCAGUUUCCCAUGCUCCUGUACUUUUUUUUUUUAAAUCUAUUUCUUCCCUCGCUGUGCUGAGCAACUCCUUUACUAUAGUUGUUAUUUCUGUUUUUACAUGAGAGAUUACUUCUAAUUUGAUUUCCUCUAUAGCCUCAUGGAGUUCUUUUUUUAUUUCACUUGCUAUCUUUUCAGAGAUUUCUGGUGUGUUACUUUUGAAGUCCUCUAUUUCAAUGUCUCCUGUACUUGUUCCUGGUGGACUAGAUGUUUGAGAUUGCAUUUUGCUUUUUUUUUUUUUGGCCAUUUUCCCCUUUUGGGUUAAUAUUUGAUCCUUUAAUACCACUAAUGUCAACUGUUGGUAGUGUGUAUCUUGCAGUCCUACUGUAAGGUUGAUGUUUGUCCAAUUGCUGGGUCCCACAAUGAAGAGGGGGGGGCCCGUCACCUGAAUUCCUCCUGCAGGGCCUGUUGGGUGAGUCCAAUGUUCUUCCUAGGCUUACAAGCCUAGGAGUAUUGAUGGAAAUCAACCCCUUGUUGCUGUUGUUGUUAUGUGUACAUGUUGUUCAGAGUCACCAGAUCCUCCUGUUUAUUGUGUUUGUCUCAUCUGGGACCCUACUGUGUCUCUGGGUCCCCUUCAUUUUCUCCAGGUUGGGGAAGGCCUUGUUGGCACCCUCCUCAAGCUACCUGAUAUUCUCCAUGUGGAGGAAGGACUCACCCAUCCACUUGCCAAGCUUGCCUAUCGCCUACUUCUGGAGGGGGCUUCACUGUUGCUCCUGUUCAUCCACUGAAGGUGGCAAACUCUAUUCCUGUUUUAGGGACAAACUCACUUCACUGAUGGAAGCCUGCUGAGUUCUUUUUACUGAAUCUCCCCUGGAUACUGCAUGGUUAAACCACUGCAGUCCAAGGUUCUGGGGGGGAGGUGAGGGAGCCGAAGAUCAACAGCAAUGCUGGGUCCAGGAGGUGGGAGGAUCCCCAGUGGCAGGGGUGGGACUGUGGAGGCGCGUGUCACGGGUUGGAGUUCCUGGGUCCUGAGAUGGAUGGCCAGGACUGUGGGACACAGGAACACAGGAGGGGCAUGGUUCUGGCCUUACCAGUGUGCACCUCUGGCUGAGUUCCUGGGUCCCAGGAGGGCGCCUGCAGAGAAGGCGGGAGUUUGCGGGAGAAGCCCAGGUCUCUUCUGCAUUUCAUUGUUUCUGCCUCGGAUCAUUUUUUUCUUCUUCCUGAAGAACUCUUUGCUGUUUUUUUUCAAGCCUGUGUAAGUGAUGCAUUCUCUUAGUUUUUAUUUGACUGGAAAUGUCUUUUUUUGACUUUACUUUUGAAAGCUAUUUUCUCUGAAAAUAGAAGUUUAAGUUGGAAAUUAUUCUCUUUAAUUUUUGUCUCAUGAACUUCUGUUUCAUUAUGCUGAUGAGUCAGUUAUAAAUUUAUGAUGAAACUUCCAAGAUAGGCAGGUCUGUCCCCACCCCUGUGGCUUUGAGUUUGCUCGUGUUUGUUUCUCGGUUACAUUCUAAUGGACCUAGGUGCAUGUGUUUAUCUCUUCAUGAAUCAGGAACUACACAACUACUCUUGCCUUAAAUGUUGCUUCUAAUCCACUUUUCUAGCCUUUUUUUUAAGACUCUGAGACUAUUUUAUAACUUCCACCAGGCCUCAACCAUCUCUUUCACUCCUUCAAACAUUUUUCAUCUUUUUAGUCCUUUUUAUCAUGGAUAUCUUUGGCAAAAUGAGUCUUCCUUUUAGUUGUGUCUGGCCUUGCCAGAUGAAAUGAAGAAAUCUUAUUAAGUUUGUAUUUCUGAUUGUGAAUACUUUUAAGAAUAAGCAUGUCCGAAAUUUUGAAUGCAUUUAUGUGAUCAACUUAGAUUUACUAUAACAGAUACCCCAGAGAACCAAUUUAUAAAGAGAAGAGGUUUAUUUUGGCUCAGAGUGUUGGAGGUCUAGUUAAUGGUCAUUUGGCUUUUUAUUUUUGGGCCUGUGGCAGCUCUUUAUCCUGUGGGAGUGCAUGGUGGAGCAAGCUGCUCAUAUUUGCAGCCAGGAAGCCAAUAGAGAUAGAGCAAGGCCAGAGCUCCAAGGUCCCCUUCAAGGUACAGCCCCAGUGAUCCAGUUUCCUUCUAGGCAUCACCUUCUCAAGGUCCCACCACUUCCCAGUAGUGCUGUGUGCUGGUGACCAAGCCUUCAAUACAUGAGCCUUUGGGGGACGGGUGUCCAAACCACAGCAGGACACAAUUACACUAAAAAAAGUAAAAUAAAAUGUUUACCUGAAAUUCCAGUUGAAUUGGGCAUCCUGUGUUUUUAUUUACCAACUCUCUCAGCCCUAGCUGUGUACAAUUUUCUGGUAAAUUUUUAUUGUUUAGAUCUAGAAUGUCUCCUAAAACACUUAUGUGUUAAGAGGAGGGGUUUUGGGGCUGGGGAUUUAGCUCAGCGGCAUAAGCGCCUGCCUUGCGAGCAGGCAGUCGUGAGUUCGAUCCCCGGUACCGAUAAAAAGGAAAAAGACAAAAAAAAAAAAAAAAAAAAAAAAAAAAAAAACUAGGGGAAAGUGAUUGGACCAUAGUGAUGCUAUAUUCAUCAGUAGAUUGAUCCAUUGAUAAGUUCAGUAGCUGACUGCUGUAGGAGGUGGGGCCUCGUUGGAGGUAGGUCGCUGGCACUUGACCUGCAAGAGUGUAUUCUCGUUCCUGGGACCUUCCCUCUUUGUGUUUCUUGACCACUAUGAUGUGUGAGCAGCUUUCUUCCAUCAGACUCUUCCACUGUUUCCUUCCUGUCUUAGAACCAGUCAACUAUGGACUGAAUCCUCUAAAAAAAUAUGAGCUAAAAGAAACCUCUCUUUUAAGUUAUGGAUAUUGGAUAUUGGGUCCAGUGAUGGGAGUGACUAAGACACCCAUCUAGUUGUAUUCAUAAUUUUGGUUAUUGUGGUUUCAGUUCUAGCAUUUCCAUUGUACUCUUUAUAAAUUCUAGAUUGGUACAAUUCUCCAUCUGCAUGUCUGUUUUCUUAAACAUGUUUUUAAUUGAAAACCUGUAUCUCAUAACUCUAGUAUUGAGUCACAUGUGCAUUUCUUUCUACUACUUUUUCUUUUGUUCUGCUUGGCAUAUUUUCUUGAUUUAAUGCUAGGCAACAUGUAGAAGCAAAGUUGUAAGGGUUCUGGAUGAUAAGACAAUCUUUCUCCAGAGACAAUUCAUCCUAUUCCUGGUUGGCAGCAAGGGACUGAGCUUUUUGUACUGCUUAUUUCAUUCAUUCAUUCAUUCAUUCAGUUCUGGGAAUGAACUUAGAGCCUGUGCACUGAGGUAUAUCCAGCCCUUUUCAUCUUUUUUUUUUUUUUUUUUUUUUUUUUUUUUUUAGAGAGGGUCUUGCUAAGUUGCCUGGGCUAGGCUUGAGCUUGAAUUUCCUGCUGCUUUAGCCUCUCUGUGCUUCCACACCUGGCUGGGUUGUAUUUUUUAAGAGAAUCAGUUUUUGGGUCAUGACAUGUAAGAUUAAGCAUUUAUUCUGUCAUUCAUUCAACAAGGAUGCCUACUGUUCCAUGCACCAUCUGGGACUUGUGUUCUAUCGGUAAACAAAACAAAACAGAAUUUUCUCCCUUACUGGCAUUUAUCUUCCGGUUCAUUGGCCUAGAAUUUCAUCACAGAAAAUUAGAACAACCACAUCUGGGACUAACUUCCUGACAAAUUGAAAAGGUGGAGGUAAGUUGGUAUUAAUAUAGUAUGGAAGCCAGGAGCUGUGGUGCAUGCCUGUAAUUGCAGUACUGAGGGAGGCUUAGGCCUGGAGUUUCAAGUCCUGUCUGGGCAGAUUAGCAAGACUGUGUCUCAAAGUGAAAAACUUAAAAAAAACCAAAAAACUGAGGAUGUAGCUCAGUGGUACAGUGCCCAGGUUUGAUAUACCAGAAGCAGAACAAGGAAAACAAAAAACAAUCACCUGUAUAGGAGGUCUAUACCAAAACAUGCCUGAUUUUCUGUUCCUUUCCCUCAUUCCCACAACCCAGACUGCCUAUCCCAGGAAUAACAUCAUGUUCCACCCUAAUGACUCAGUGCAGAAAUCAGGUCCAUUUUUGAUUAUUCUCCUCAAGCCCCCUUCAAUGUGAUUGGUACAAGUCUUGUUCACCUCCACUUCUGCAGUCACGUCUUACAUGUGCCUAUAUUUUCUCCCCCUCAACAAUAUCCACGUCCAAAUCACUGAUCUCUAGUCUGGGCUCCUGUAUUAGCCUCUUACGUUUGUCUUGCUUCUCCAGUCCCAUCUGUCUUACCCAUUCUUGUAGCUAUAAUGAAAUGCCUCUGAUAAUUUAUAAACAGUGGAAAUGUAUUGUUCUCAGUUUUAGUGGGUUAAGUGUUGGGAAGGGCCUGCUUUUCAGAGAUUAUACCUGUUCCUUGUCUUCACCUGUGCAAGAGGCAAACAAGAUCCUUUGAGCCUCUCUUAUGAGGUCGUGAGCCCUCUGUUCCCAGUCACCUGCAGAUGCCUGCCUCUUAACACUACUGCAUUGGGGACUAAAUUUCAGCAUAUGAGUUGGGGGUAGGAGCAUUUAGACCAUAGCACUACUUUGUAUCACUUGUCCCUCACUUCAGACACUGAGUCUGCCUUUUUGUGUCUUGAACACAAAGCCUCGACAUCUGCUCUUCGCUCUGCUAGGAAUACUCUUCCUCGGGAUGUUCAUAUGAUGAGCCCUUCCUUGUCUCAAAUGGAACUUCUAAAAUUCCCUGGGCCACCAUCUCUAAUGUGGCUGUCUUACUCUGUAGUCAUUCCCCAUUUUAUUUUAAAGUACUUCUCAGUUCCUGAAAUUCUUUGUUCACUGGUUCAGCAUCUUCCUUCCUAUGUGAAAUGUAGUUACCAUGAGAGUAGAAUCUUUGAUCUGUCUUUUCUUUGAUGCAUGUGUGCUGGUUUGGAUUCCUUCAGUUAUAGGAAAUUGAGCAUCCAACCAAAGUAGGCUCCACUUUUCUUUUUUUAAAUUUUAUUUUGAAGAGAAUAAAACAAGGGGACAUAACAAAGCAAAUCAGAACAGAACAAUGUAAGCAACACAGCACUUUACAACAAGACAACCAGAUAUUAGCAGUGGCUACCAUAAUAUCUUUUUUUCUUUAAAAUAAUUGAACAUACCUCCACACACAAUAAUAUGAAAUGUAACAAAAUAGUAUAAAACCACUCAAGAGAAUGAAAGUAUUACAGGACAUUCAAAACCAAAUAACAGAAAAUGAACAAUGGCUACUGUAUCUCAUUUUCCAUAAAAAAUUUGUACUAUUCAUAUUAAAAUCCAAUAAGAUACAACAUGAUAAAACCAAUGGAAAUAGAACAAAAGCAUGAUAGGACUUCAAAGCAAGAUGAUAUUAAAUCAGCAAUGGCUGCCAUGAUGUCUUGUUUUCUUCGAAGUAGCUGUUCAUACCAUCACACAUAAUACAGUGAAACAAAACAGAAUGAAACCAUUCCAACCAAUGAAGACAUUGUAAGACUUCAAAGCAAAGUAAUGGGGAACCAUGAUUUCCAUAAAAUCUUAUGUACUCUUACCAUUUCUUACACUAGGGAGACUAUACGUUAUUUAUACAUGUAAGUUUGAUUAUUUCACUUACGAGUAUGGUCUCAAGUGCAUACAUUUAUUUAUGAAUAUCUCAGUGUGAUCAUUCUUUAUAGCUGAGUAGUACUCCAUUGUACAAAAAUAUAUCUUUUUUAUCAGUUAAUGGGCACUUGGGUUGUUUCCAAGAUCUGACUAUUACAAAUUGUGCUGCUAUAAACAUGGAUGCACAUAUAUCACCGUUUUUCAAAUUUCAAAUUUAAAAAUUCAAAUUUAAAAAUUUUUUUGUGGUACUGAGGAUUGAACCCAGGGACUUCACACUGAGCUACAUUCCCACCUCUUGUCUAUCUACUUAUUUAGACAGGUUCCUGCUAAGUUGCCUGGGCUGGAUUUGUGACUCUCCUGCCUCAGCCUUCCAGAGUGCUGUGAUUGCAAGUGUGUGCCCCCAUGCCCAGCUCCUUUUUAUUUUUUCAAUUUUAUACAUAUACUUACUGAGUUCCAUAAAGAGUGAAUAACUUAACUACAGAUACCUAAAUAAGGGGCUAGGGAUUUAGCUCAGCGGCAUAAGUGUCUGCCUUGUGAGGAGGCGGUCAUGAGUUCGAUCCCCGGUACUGAUAAAAAGGAAAAAGACCAAAAAAAAAAAAAAAAAAAAAAAAAAAAAAAAAAAAAAAAACCUAAAUAAAACAUGGUAGAUCUUGGACGUGAACUAUGAACUUAGACUAUUUACUUCAAAGCUUUUUUCCCUCCUCACUAUUCCAAUAGUGUUUACUACAUUAAAUAGGAAAAUGCAAUAAUCAACAUACACAUUUAGUAACUACAUUUAGUAAUUGUAACUGUAUUUAGCAUUUAAUAACUGUAAUUUAGUAAUGCAGUUACUACAAGGGGACUCCUAGAUUGAGCAUUUGUCCUUUUCUUUGUAAUCCCUUAGUAUUUUCACUACAGCACAUUCAGAAAAUGAUGACAUUUUAGUAACCAUGUAGAAAAGCGUCUUUAGGUUGAUUUUUUUCUUUGUUUUUUUUUUUUUUAAACCAAGGAUUGAACUUGGGGCCUUGUGCUUGCCAGGUGAGGUUGAUUUUUUUUUUUUUUUUUUUUAGAACACAAAACUUUUAGGUUUACAUAAAAGUUCUACAAACAAUUCAAUGAAUUACCAUAUAUCCUUCAGCAAGAUUCCCAGAGUAUCAGCAGCUUUUAUAAUUACAGUACAAUGAAUAAAGCCAGAAAUUAGCAUUGGUACAAUUCUGUUAACCAAACUACUGAUUUUAUCUGGAUUUCUUCCACAUUACCGUAAUGACUUUGUUCUUGUCAGAAUCCAACAUCACAUCCUACAUUGGAUUUAGUUUUUAAAUCUCCAGUUCUUCCAGCUGCUCUGUGAUGACCUUGGCAUUCUUGAGGAAUGCUAGAUGCUUGUAUACUCUUCAGUUUUAGGUUUUUCCUGUGUAUGCUUGUGAAUUGAUUGAGGUUUUGUGUUUUUUGGCAAGAAAACCACAAAAGCAAUAUGCUUUUCUCCAUGCUUCAUGGGGAGUAAGGAGUCUUAUUACUGGUGAUAUUAACCUUGAUCAUUUGGUGAAGGUGGGUUUUACCACUCACUGUAAAUUAUUUUUUCAUAGUUAUUAUCUAUCUUUGUGGGUAUACUUUUUCAGACCAUAAAUAUUCUGUUUUUCUUGAACACUAGGCUCACUAAUUCUAGCAUCGAUCAGUGUGGAUCUUGCCAGCAACAAUGUUUAUUACUGCGUCAUUCUAAUGAUGGAGGGAUACUUUAAAGCUGACUUAAUGGGGAGUUCAGGGGCUGGGCAGCUCCAGCGUGGGCUGUCUACCUCAGUGAUAUCAUCAGCCAACACUACUCUCUGCUAUUCUCAGCAUGUUCAGUAUUGUCCUCAGACUUACUCUUCCAUAGCUACUACAGUUGUGCAUCUGUGACAUCACCUUAAGAGAAUGUUAUCUUCUUCCACCUAUGUCUCCUUUAAGCAGAAAAUUAAGCAUUAUACCGAACCAUCUCCACUCUGAAAGCCUUCCCCAGAUCCCAUUCAGAAGGAUCUGGGUCACCAGCCUGUGACCAAAUGACAAAGAAAGUAAAGGCAGUAUCUGGCGUUCCCAUCUGGGGUGACGGUGGAGUAGAGCGAGGCAUAGAAAGCACUUUGGAAAAUGUCCAGGAGGCAGCCAUGGUGUCUGCCACAUUGCGUGGUCUGCAGCUUUUGAGGCAAUGUCCUGCCCUGCACCUGCUGAUGUUCAAUAAAUCUGUGUGGAGUGGAUGAGGUUCUUUGUCUAUUGCCUGGAGGUUUAUAAUCUGCCAUUACCUACAACAUCAGUGCUCCUGACCAUGGAAUCAGAGAAAAGAGUGACUUAGGCAACAGGGGAAGGGUGAUGUUAAUAUGACAAUCUGGGUGGCCGUAAUGGGUCCCCUGUUGGAUGACACCCUUGUCUCAUGGUGUCUGAGUCUCCAUCAGAGUAAGCCCCUUUGGCUCUGCAGUGCCCUUUACCAAAGCCUUGGAGAGACCUCAGAAGACAUUUGAGGGGAAGGCACAGAAAUUUUCUGCUAGGUCCAAUCACCUGUGCCCCGAGGUUCUCCAGAGGGAGAGGGGCUGAAGGGAGAGCUCUGCUCUAUACACGUGCGAGUCUUGCUCUGGGGGCUCUGUUGUAGGCUGGUAACUUGUUUGGUAAAUAAUGAUAUUGUUAUAAAUAUUUAAUAAGCCUAGGGACUGCAGUGCAUGAAAAAUUGAUGAGGUCCCUGUGUGGGAAAUGCAGGCUUCUCUACGUAUGCUCUGGAGGAAGCAGUUAGGGUCUGACGUCUACUCAGGCUGACACCUGUAUUUGUGGUAGGGCUGAUGAAUGGCCAGAGAAAUAUUCUCCAUGUUUAGGAAACAUCAAUCCAUCAUGCUGGAGUUUAGACUGAGGGAGGAAUUCACAGCCAUCAAUAUUGCCCGUGUUUAUUAAGCAUCUCAUGCUGUGGGAGACAGCAAGUCCCGCUCUGGCCCUGGGAACAGUGCCUCUGGAAAGGGCACGGUGGCUCCAUGAUGAAUGACUUUAAUAAGAAGCAGCUUGGAAGUACCUUCAAGUAAGCAACUAAUAACAAUAAUUAGAUGUUUCUUAAUCAUUUAUUUAUUUUAUAAUGUAUGCCCUGCCUGUUUCCAGAAAAAGAAUGGAAGUGCCUUGCAAUUAAAACACAUCUAUCUAGGAUAGUCUAAAUGAAGAUAAACAAGAGAUUAGAAACCUUAUUGGGGGAGUGAAUUUUUCUUAAUCAACUUUCUUGCUACCAACUGAGGAUACCGUAUUCCCUUUCCUCGGCAGUCACCUCUUGCUUCAUGGAGCCACGGGAGCAAAUGUAAAGCAGCGACUGGUAGUGUAAUGGGGCAGAAGGAUGAGGCAGGAGUGUGAUGUGACCUGUAUCCUCAGCUCCUCAGCACUGGGUGCCAGCCACAUUUGCAUUUCAUUUAUCAUUGCUCCAAACCAUUCUGUGUGUCUGCAGCAGGGCAGCAUGAAAAAUUAAUGCCCCUUUGUCAGGCCAAGCUUGUCAGAAUGACAGUGCAGAAACGGAAUAACAAACGGGUGUCAUGCAUGGUACUUUCUACUUAACAACCACUCUUGUGUUCUCUGAACCUGUGUUCCUUCUGAGCCUGUGUGUCAGGGAUAAUGGGCUUCUGCAGCCAGUCUUUCCCUGUAAGCUGAGGGCACAGAGCCCAUCUCUGGCAUUGCUUCCAUCCAUAUAUCAGGGGCUGGACUAUCCCUGCCCAGUGAGAGCAGGGGAAGUCCCUAUGUCCACAGUUGGGUGGACUGUGUUUAAUGAACUAUCCUGGGCACAGAGGAGGAUAAGGAAGGCAGCUCCCUGUCUCCCUGCAGGACUCUCAGAAAGCAGGCUACUGCAGAUAUUCUAGGUGGCAGCGUAGAAUUACCUGGGGAGCAGCUGGGUGAGAGGACUAGAGGACUUGAUCCUCUACCUGUUUCUUUAGAACCUUCUUGGGAGAUAGAGUAGAGGUUUCCCAGUACAUUCUGAUAUUCUAUUGAUCUUUGUUCCAUCUGAUCCAAUAUUACCUUCUUUCUGGCUUCAAGUCAUGGAAGUGGAAAUGACUACUCCCUUCCAGCAGUAGAAAUGUUCUGGGGCAAUGGUUUGUCACAGAUUUUGGAACCAGACUCCUGGGUUCAGAUCCCAGCUUUAUCACUUUAUGACCUGGUUAAGCUGUUUAACAGUUUUUGUGUCUCUGUUUCAUAUAUUUAACGAAUUUAGAGAAAUUUUGUUGCUUGGUAUUAAUUAGAUUAGUGAUUAUGGUUCCCCUAAUCUUCAUCCAAGAUGACUGGAUGAACAAGGGCCACAGAACACAGUGGCCCACCUUUGUACAAUAUUGAAAAAUUCAUAUGAUUGGAUCUUUAGGCAGGAGUUAGGAUAUUGACCUUAAGGGGGAAAAUCUACAUCUUCUUCUGUCUUGUUGACCUGUUGAAGAAAACAAAUCCCUCUUGCCUUCCUUAGGUUUAUGAGAUGAACUACCUCUUCCCAGCCAGUGCCCACACUGGCCCAGUCUGUUCUGAGGUAGGAAGGAACCAUCCUUUUCUGACUUCUGUGGAAGGUUAGUGGCAUUCUGAAUGUGGAAGCACUGGAUUUCUUUCCUUUUAUAUAUUAGAAUCCCCUUGGAAAUUUUUAGAAGAUAAUACUCUUCUAGAGAGUCUGAUUCAGUUCGUGUCAGGUAAGGUUGGAUGAUUGCAUAUUGUUAAGUUCUCUGGAUGGUUCUGAUAGUUCUGGUUUAAGGUAGUCUAAUACUUGCAGUAUUUAAAUCUAGAGUGUAUUUCCUGUUAAUUAACAGACAAGCUGGUGAAUAAGUCGGGAGAAUCUGCAGGAGGCACGUAGAACUGCUGAUGAGGUCAGGAAAGGGCUGUGGAGCUCUAGUAUAAAAGGGCUGUGAUAUAAUUUUGCAUGGGAAAUGGGUGAUAAAUAUGGUUUUAAAAUGCAGUCUAAAAUGGCUGGAGUUUGGGGGAAACACUGUGGUUUAGAACUGGUCGGACCAUCAGUUUCCUCGCUGUGGUCCAUGAAAUAGGAACUUCUGUCAACGCUUAGGCACUGUGAACAGAAAUUGAGAGACGUUGAUUUCUCUGGAUUAACGACAUUGUCUUCUGCCUUUGAACUUGUAAUUGUCCUCAUAAUCCAUUCUUUCCUACUCAGCCAGAAGCUGCAUUGCCCAGACUCUGUCCAGGUUGGUAUGGUCACAUGAAUAAAUUCUGACCACAAGAGUGAAAAAAGAAGUGAUAUAUGCAACUUCCAAAUCAUAUCUUCAAAAAGCAGCAUUUUGCCCUCUCCUUCAUCUCUUCUCCUUUUUUUGCUGGCUGUAAAUUGGCAAUACCUGGAGCAGCUGCCUUGGAUCCAGAAACAGAAGAUACGUGUCACGGGAGGCAAAGCCAUCCUGCAGCUCUGGACUGCUCAGCUGUGGGCCCACUUGGAGGGAAAUAAAAGCCAAUUAUUAUAUUUAA